AUGGCGGAGGUGGCGGUCAGCAUGGUGGUCGGGCCACUGCUGUCCCUAGUGAAGGAGAAGGCGUCCAGCUACCUCCUGGAGCAGUACAAGGUGAUGGAGGGCAUGGAGGAGCAUCACAAGAUCCUCAUGCGCAAGCUGCCUGCCAUCCUCGACGUCAUCACCGAUGCCGAGGAGAAGGCGAGGCGCCGAGAAGGAGUGAAGGCGUGGCUCAAGGAGAUCAAGACGGUGGCGUACGAGGCGAACGAAGUCUUCGACGAGUUCAGCUACGAGGCGCUCCGCCGUGAAGCCAAGGAGAAGGGGCACAUCCGCAAGCUUGGCUUCGAGGGAGUGAAGCUUUUUCCUACUCACAAUCGUGUUGCAUUCCGUAAUAAGAUGGGCAACAAGCUUAGCAGGAUUGUGCAGACCAUCGAGGUCCUUGUGGCUGAAAUGAAUGCUUUUGGAUUCAAUUAUCAGCAACAAACACCAGAGUCCAAGCAGUGGCGUCAAACUGAUUCCAUUAUUAUUGACCCUGAGAAUAUUGCCAGCAAAUCUAGAGAUGCAGAGACGCAAAAGAUUGUUAAGAUCCUGAUUGAUAGGGCUAGCGUCGCAGAGCUCACUGUCCUUCCUAUCGUUGGAAUGGGUGGGUUGGGUAAGACUACCCUAGCUCAGCUCAUCUGCAACCACCCUGAUGUCAAGAAGCAUUUUGAGCUACACAAGUGGGUCUGCGUGUCAGACGAGUUUGAUGUUUUUAAGCUUGCAAACAAAAUCUGUAACAGCUCCGAAAAGAACCUUGAAGAGGCACAGAAGAAGCUCCAGGAUGAGCUUAAAGGAAAGAGGUAUCUUAUCGUGUUGGACGACGUCUGGAAUGAGGACGGUGACAAGUGGGAGAAGCUAAAAGCCAGCCUUAAGCAUGGUGGGAACGGUUGUGUCGUAUUGACAACCACUCGCAAGGAAGGAGUUACGGAACUAAUGGGUACAAUUAAAGCCCAUGACAUUGCACUUCUGGAUGAUGAAUCCAUAAAGGAAAUUAUUGAGACUAAGGCAUUCGGUUCGCAAGAGAAUAGGCCAGCUGAGCUACUGGACUUGGUUGAUGACGUUGUGCAAAGAUGUGCAGGAUCUCCCUUGGCUGCGAAUGCACUAGGAUCUGUGCUACGUGGCAAGACAAGUCCAGAAGAAUGGAAGGCUGUCCUAAGCAAAAACAUCGCCCAUAACAAGGAUGAGAAAAUCCUGCAUAUUCUCAAGCUCAGUUACGAUGACCUGCCAUCACACAUGAAGCAGUGCUUUGCUUUCUGUGCUGUGUUUCCCAAGGACUUUGAUAUUGACAUGGAACUCCUGAUCCAACUAUGGAUGGCAAAUGGCUUUGUUCCCAAAGAAAAAGACAUUAAUCUUGAAACCACUGGUAAACACAUUUUUGAGGAGCUUGUCUCAAGGUCAUUCUUUCAAGAUGUGAAGCAAGUCAGAGGGGACAGAGAGGACGAGGACGUGGAUUGGUAUUGCCCUAGGACUAUAUGUAAAAUGCAUGAUCUCAUGCAUGAUGUAGCACUGUCUGCCAUGGAAAAUGAAGUUGCUACCAUAACUGAUGAGAAGCCAAAGCAGAGUGAGUUUCUUCAAAACACUUGUCGCCAUAUAGCUUUGUUGUGUGAUGAGCCAGAGGCCAUUUUGAACGGUUCUCUGAAGACAAGAUCUCCAGCUAUCCAAACACUAGUAUGUCGUAGAAGAAUCAAUAGUUCACUGCAUCAUUUAGGAAAGUACAACUCUGUGCGAGCCUUAUCACUCUGUCAAAAUAAGGGUACAUUCCUACUGAAACCAAAGUAUCUACAUCAUCUGAGGUAUCUUGAUGUUUCAUGGAGUAAUAUAGAGUCACUUCCAGAAGAUAUAAGCAUCUUAUAUCAUCUGCAUACUUUAGAUGUCUCUUACUGUGAGAAUCUUAGUCAGCUUCCAAAGCAAAUAAAGUAUAUGACUGCACUCCGUCAUCUCUACACUCACGGAUGUGGGAAGUUGAAGUGCAUGCCUCCAAAGCUUGGGCAACUCACUUCCUUGCAAACACUCACUAAUUUUGUUGUGGGUGUAGGGUCUGAUUGCAGUAGUAUCGGAGAGCUGCAGCAUUUAAAUAACCUUAGUGGUUCACUACUGCUUAGUCAACUCGAAAAUGUGACAGAAGCAAUCGAUGUGAAGAUGGCCCAUCUUGGAAAUAAAAAGGAACUCACAGCAUUGUCAUUAAGAUGGACAGCUACCGAGGAGGAGAAACCAAACUGUCUUAAGGUCCUUGAAGGUCUGGAAGCUCCUCAACUUAAGGCUCUAAGGAUAAAUGGUUACCCAGGAACCAGUUUCCCAGCGUGGAUGAAUAAGCUGCCAAACAUGGUUGAGCUUCAUCUUAAAGGUUGUAAGAAAUUGAAGAAUCAUCCUCCACUGUGGCAAGUACCAGCUCUACAAGUUCUAUGUUUGGAAGGAUUGGAAAAAUUGCAAUGCUUGUGCGGUGGUGGUACAUUCUUCAAUUUGCCUAAUCUAAAGGAGCUUAUGCUGGUUGGGCUGCCUGCUUUUGACAGAUGGUGCGAAGUAAAAUGGCUCCUGAGAGAGCAGGUAAUAUUUCCCCAUCUUGAGAAGUUGUGCAUUGAGAAAUGUGAAAAGCUGACAGCAUUACCAGAAGCAGCACCACUUGGACAAUCAUGCAGUCAAAAUCAUACUGAGAUACGGUCAGCAUUUCCAGCAUUAAAGGUACUCGAAUUAAAAUAUCUAAAGAGCUUUGAUGGAUGGGAGGCUGUAGAAGCUACUCAAGGACACCGGAUAAUGUUUCCUCAUCUUGAAAAGUUAUCUAUUCGCAGCUGCCAAGAGUUGAUAGCUCUACCAGAAGCUCCACUGCUCGAAGAACUUUGUGGGGUACAUAAUAAAAUGGCAGGCUCAGCGUUUCCUGCAUUGAAGGUGCUAAAGUUGAAAGAGUUAGAUAAAUUUCAGAAAUGGGGGUCAACUGAUGAAGCAACUCAAGGACAACAGAUAAUAUUUCCGUGCCUUGAAGAUUUAUCAGUUCUCGAUUGCAAAAAUCUGAUAGCACUACCGGAAGGACCAUUGCUCCAAGAAUUGUGUGGUGAAGAUUAUGAAAAGGCACGCUCAGCAUUUCCGGCGUUGAAGGUACUUGAACUGGAGGGAUUGGAGAAUUUUGAGAGAUGGGAACAAGUUGGGGCAACUCAAGGAGGAGACACGAUGUUCCCACAUCUUGAAGAGUUAUCGAUUCAUGCCUGCCCAAAGAUGACAGCAUUACCAGCAGGUACAUCAUCUUUGGCACCAUCAGUUGGCCGUAGUGAUAUCAAAACAUGGUCAGCGUUUCCUGCAUUGAAGGUACUUAAACUGAAGGGAUUGGAGAAUUUUGAGAGAUGGGAACAAGUUGGGGCAACUCAAGGAGGAGACACGAUGUUCCCACAUCUUGAAGAGUUAUCGAUUUGUUACUGCCCAAAGAUGACAGCAUUACCAGCAGGCACAUUAUCUUUGGCACAGUCAUCAGUUGGACAUAGGGAUAUUACAACACGGUCAUUGUUUCCAAAAUUAAAGACACUCACGUUCUGUGCUUUAAAGAGUUUUAAGAGCUGGGGGGUCACGGAAGCGAUUAAUGGUGAACAGUGGAUGUUCCCUGACCUUGAGACUGUUUGUAUUUAUGAAAGCCCAGAGUUGACAACUUUACCAGAGGGACCAAAGCUCAGCUCAUUAACAAUACGAGACGGCCACCAGCAGAUCUUCUUAGCAGCAAUUCCUAGAGCUAUUGAUUCACUGUCCAAACUGGCGAUGUCUUUCAAAGAUGCAGAAACAGCCUUACCAGCUGAGCACGGUGCGUUUGAGCUGGCGGACAGCAACAACAUUAAAUCCCCUCUGACAAGACUGGAGCUAGGACGGGGCUGCGACUUGCUCCUCCACUCAAACGCACUAGCACUAUGGACUUGUUUUGUACAGCUUCAAGAUCUGAAAUUUAUUUACUGCGAUACACUUGUCUACUGGCCGGAGGAGGAGUUCCAGAGCCUGGUAUCCUUGAGGAAUCUGAAAAUUUGGUCUUGCAGUAAUCUGAUUGGAUACGCAACAGCUGUUCCUGGCCAACCAGAAUCAGAAAGGAGCCAACUUCUACCCAACCUCGAGUCUCUAGACAUAGGGGAUUGUGAAAGUCUGGUAGAGGUCUUCAACGUGCCCGCUUCUCUCAAGACAAUGGUUGUUUGGGGGUGUCCUAAUCUUGAGUCCAUAUUCGGCAAGCAACAGGACAAGCCGACAUUGAAUCAAGAGCCUAGCACUGACGUCAUGGCAUCCAUAGCUGCUGUACCACAGCUGUCUUCAUCGACCAGGGAUCACUUCCUUCCAUACCUUGAAUCGCUAACGAUACAAAGGUGUGGCGGCUUGUCAGAGGUUCUCAACCUUCCCCCAUCACUCAGGGAAAUAGAUAUUUUGAAAUGCGACAAACUACAACUCCUCUCGGGCCAGCUGGAUGCACUCCGAACACUAAAGAUUUAUUGCUGCCCAAGGUUGAUAUCACUGGAAUCUAGCUCUGGAGAGCUCCAAACUCUGGAAUGCCUCCGUCUUUGGGGUUGCGAAAGCCUAGCGCCUUUCUUGCCCGAUGGGCCACAAGCAUACUCAUCUCUUCGUAGGCUCAGAAUUACACGUUGUCCAGGUAUAAAGUCGCUCCCUUGGUCCCUGCGGCAGCGACUGGACAGCCUCGAUGACCAUCGUAAAGAUCUGGAUGCUCGUUACCAAGGUACCCACUAA